CCUCACAUGGGGACUUAUUAGAUAACACAUUUGUGUAUGAUUUAAAUGUAAAUAGCUGCAUCAGAAAGUGCCAAAAGUAGCUUUAUACACAACCAAAAUCAACAGUGUGUCACUUCCAGUGUUUAUCGGUAUUUUGCAGUAAUGCUCCAGCUCUCGGCUAAAAGCUACAGUUUCUCCUCCACUCCCGCCUCCCCAUUGGCGGAGCGGGGUCAGCUGACUUUGUCAUAUUGUCUCUGAGCGAGCCAAGCCUCGGCUAUAACACUCGGCUUUGUGCGUCUUAACCGGAGAUUGCAAAUUAAUAAUAUUGCAUCCUCCAAGUGUAUAGCGGAGAGGCAGAAAAAGUCGCGGUGGGUUACAGAGUGGGGGCUUAAAGGAGCAAGGGAGGGGGGGUAAAAAAAAAAAAAGACAGAAGAAGAGCUUUGCAGGAGAAAGGUGUGGUUGUCUGACACAAGCGGGAGGGAGAUUUACUAGGAAGGGAGCGAUAAAGAAGUGGGGAGAGUUGGAGAAGAAGGGUUACAAGGCAAGGUAUGAAUUCUUAUUUCGCAAACCCGUCGCUCUCCUGCCAUUUAUCCGGUGGCCAAGAGGUUUUGCCCAACGUGCCCAUCAACUCCAGCACCUAUGACACAGUCAGACAUUUCUCGUCCUACGGAGCGGCGGUGACGCACCAGAACCAUCGGAUAUACGCGCCUUUCUACUCGCCUCAAGACAACGUGGUGUUCGGCUCGGGCCGGACUCAGUAUGACUAUGGAUCAAACGUCUUCCUGCAGGACAAGGACGUGCUGCCCAGUUGCAGGCAAACUAACAUGCACGGCGCGCAGAGCCACAUCGGCCAAGACUACACGUUGGAGCAGAGCCGGGCGGCCCAGGAGCAGAAGAGCAACGUCCCGAUCUACCCGUGGAUGCAGCGCAUGAACUCACACAGCGCAGGAGUGGGCUACGGGACGGACCGACGCAGGGGACGUCAGAUCUACUCCCGCUAUCAAACAUUGGAGCUGGAGAAGGAGUUCCACUUCAACCGCUACCUGACCAGGCGCAGACGCAUCGAGAUUGCCAACGCGCUUUGCCUGACCGAGCGCCAGAUCAAGAUCUGGUUCCAGAACCGGCGCAUGAAGUGGAAGAAGGAGAGCAACCUGACCUCCACGGUGCAGGCCGGCGCGGGGGGCGAAUCCACGGCGGCGUGCACGACGACGACGCAGGACGAGGACCGCGGUGGCGCAGUGGAAGAAUGCAAAGAGGAGGAUGAUGAGAAGAAGGAAUAGCUGCAGAUUAAAAAAAAAUGCAACCCCAACAUUACUACCUAAAAAAAUGGAGCUGAAAGGGACGACACUGCAUGACUGCCCCCUCCUCUCUGUGUCAUGACAACAAAAUCAUUUCAGCCACAUUAUGAACCCUCUUAUGGAUCACUUUUGUUUUUUUGUUGUUAAUGUUGUUUUUUUUACCUUGUAAGUGCCACACUUGUAUUGUGCAAAUAAUAAUUAUAAUAAAAAAACCCGAAGUAUUAA